GACGUCUGGAACACGUGAUCUUGUUCCGGCUCGCCAACGAUGGCGGCCCCCAGAGCGGGAGCGUGAAAGUUGUUGGUGAAAGACGCUGUCCCCCCCGCGCCGGAAUCGAAACAGUGGGGACUGUGCGCCAUGUCGAGACUCAUCGUGAAAAACCUCCCGAAUGGGAUGAAGGAGGAGCGUUUCAGGCAGCUGUUUGCCGCCUUUGGCACGCUGACGGACUGCAGCCUGAAGUUCACCAAAGAUGGCAAGUUCCGUAAGUUCGGCUUCAUCGGCUUCAGGUCGGAGGAAGAGGCCCGGACAGCACUGAACCAUUUCAACAGGAGUUUUAUCGACACAUCCCGGAUCACGGUGGAGUUCUGCAAAUCGUUUGGGGACCCGACAAAGCCCCGAGCCUGGAGUAGACAUGCUCAGAAAAUAAGCCAGUCUAAGAAUCCUUCAAAAGACAAAGACUCCGUCCCCACAGAACCCAAGAAAGAUGACAGGACGAGAAAGGUAGCAGGUGAACUGGAGAAGCUGAAGGAAGACACCGAGUUCCGGGAGUUCCUGUCUGUGCACCAGAAGCGGACGCAGACAGCCACGUGGGCCAAUGACGUCCUGGAUGCCGAGCCCUCGAAAGGGAAGAGCAAGGCCGCCAAUGACUACCUGAACUUCGACUCCGACUCAGGGCAGGAGAGCGACGAGGAGGGUGCUGGUGAGGACCCAGAAGAGGAGGAUGGCCGCAAACCCAGGGCGGCCGUGCAGAGGGAGCUGUCGGACAUGGAUUACCUGAAAUCCAAGAUGGUGAAGUCCGAGUCGCCGUCGUCCUCGGAAGAGGAAGAGAGUGAAGACGAAGCUGUGAGCUGUGGGGACGGGAGUGGGGCCGAGGAGGAGGCCCCCAGCCCCGCACCCGCCCAGCAGGACAGAGGGAGGCCGGGGGCCGGCCCGGAGCAGGGCGUCCCGUCCGGGAACGAGACCCCGGGGACAGCCAGAGCUGAGGCAGACAAAGCGGCACACCAAAAGGAGCCCACCACCCCCUACACUGUGAAGCUGCGGGGAGCCCCGUUCAAUGUCACGGAGAAAAGCGUUACGGAAUUCCUGGCGCCCCUGAGACCAGUGGCCAUUCGGAUAGUGAGAAAUGCUCAUGGGAACAAAACAGGGUACAUCUUUGUGGACUUCAGCAGUGAAGAGGAAGUCAAGCAAGCUCUGAAAUGCCACCGGGAAUACAUGGGUGGGCGCUACAUUGAGGUAUUCAGGGAGAAGAACGUCACUACGGCCAAGGGGCCCCCGAAGAAUAGCGCCAAACCCUGGCAAGGCCGGACCCUAGGGGAGAACGAAGAGGAGGAGGACCUGGCCGACUCCGGGAGGCUCUUCAUACGCAACCUGCCCUACACCAGCACCGAGGAGGACCUGGAGCAGCUCUUCUCCAAAUUCGGUCCUCUGUCUGAGCUUCAUUACCCCAUCGACAGCCUGACCAAGAAACCCAAGGGCUUCGCCUUUGUCACCUUCAUGUUUCCUGAGCACGCCGUAAGGGCCUACGCGGAAGUGGACGGGCAGGUGUUCCAGGGCAGGAUGCUGCACGUGUUACCAUCCACCAUCAAGAAGGAAGCCAGUGAGGACACGGACACCCCAGGAUCAUCGUCUUACAAGAAGAAGAAAGAAUCUAAAGACAAAGCCAACAGCUCCAGCUCUCACAACUGGAACACGCUGUUCAUGGGCCCAAACGCCGUGGCGGACGCCAUUGCGCAGAAAUACAGUGCCACCAAAAGUCAAGUGUUUGACCACGAGACCAAAGGCAGCGUGGCCGUGCGCGUGGCCCUGGGGGAGACCCAGCUCGUCCAAGAAGUGCGGCGCUUCCUCCUAGACAACGGAGUCAGCCUGGACUCCUUCAGCCAGGCGGCGGCCGAGCGAAGCAAGACCGUGAUCCUGGUCAAGAACCUCCCAGCGGGCACCCUGGCGGCCGAGCUGCAGGAGACCUUCGGCCGCUUCGGCAGCCUGGGCCGCGUGCUGCUGCCCGAGGGUGGAGUCACCGCCAUCGUGGAGUUCGUGGAGCCCCUGGAGGCCCGCAAGGCCUUCAGACAUCUGGCCUACUCCAAGUUUCACCACGCCCCCCUGUACCUGGAGUGGGCUCCAGUCGGCGUCUUCUCCAGCUCAGCCCCACAGACGAAGGAACCCAAAGAUCCACCAGCCGGACCUGCAGGAGAGGACAGGGCGGAGCCAGAAACCUUGCCAGACCACGAGACCCCAGAAGGUGAAAAGCCAGCAGAGGGAGGAGCUGAGAACUGUCCAGCGAAGGUGGAGGAGGAGGAGGAGGAGGAGGAGAGCCUCCCCGGGUGCGCUCUGUUUAUUAAGAAUCUCAACUUCAACACGACGGAGGAGACCCUGAAGGAAGUGUUUUCCAAGGUGGGGACGGUGAGAAGCUGCUCUAUCUCCAAGAAGAAGAACAAAGCAGGAGCGAUGCUGUCCAUGGGAUUUGGAUUUGUGGAAUACAGGAAGCCAGAGCAGGCCCAGAAGGCUCUCAAGCAGCUCCAGCACCUGCACAGAAGACCAGAGUGUCAGCUCUUGGAGGGAGGACAGGGGAGUCCGUGGAGGGCAGCAGUUGCCUACACCCUGAAUAACCUGAACUCUUUCCUCCAACCAUCCAGGCCAGCCCUGACAUCCGCUCGGAAGAAGCAAGUUCUCAGAAAGCAGACAACGUCAAAGAUUCUGGUGCGCAACAUCCCGUUCCAGGCUGACAGCCGGGAGAUCCGCGAGCUCUUCAGCACCUUCGGGGAGCUGAAGACUGUCCGCUUGCCAAAGAAGAUGACCGGGACAGGCACACACAGAGGGUUCGGCUUCGUGGACUUCCUCACGAAGCAGGACGCAAAGAGAGCCUUCCAGGCGCUGUGUCACAGCACCCACCUCUACGGCCGGAGACUGGUCCUGGAGUGGGCUGACUCGGAGGUGAGCCUGCAGACCCUGCGGCGGAAGACAGCUGAGCGCUUCCACGAGCCCCCGAAGAAAAAGCGGUCUGUGGUGUUGGACGAGAUCCUGGAGCAGCUGGAAGACAGUGAAAACGACAGUGAGGAGCAAACCCUUCAGCUGCGAGCUGGCGCCGAGAGGAUCCUUGGAUGAUGGCGCUCACCAGGGCCCGGGAGAGACGGCUGCUCCUUUUCCAAGGAGAGACUGCACCUUCCACCCCGAGGAGGAAGCCAGACCCUCUCUGUCAGCUCCACACCGACCAGCCCAGGCUGCGGAAUGAAUCUGGAACGUCAGCCCCCAGGAAGCCAGCACUUAGCACCUGCCCACCCCCCAGCAAAACAAUCUUCAAACCACAAGUGAGAAGUGGCCCGUGAGCAAGAAAUCUGGCUCCUGCCCCUGCCCGUCUUUCAAGUACUUGCUAUUCCUUUUCUUCCUUCACCUUUUAUAUGUAUAUUGCGUUCUUAUUUCUAAAUGCAAAAACAAGAUGCCCUCUGAACUUGGCCCCCAGAACAGCCCCUUGUGGACGUUUUCCUCACUGACAACUCCGAGGGCGAGAACCGCGGCCGCAGCCUCAUUCUCCCUGUUGACCUCGUAGAGAUAAGUCCCUUCCUGCCACCUCCGCCAGCCCUCUCCACCCCUCCUGCCUCCCCCUAUUCAGGCAGACGAGGUUUUGCUUUUCAGCCCCAUUUCUGGUUACAUAUGUACAUGGCUGAUAAAAUAUUCCACUUCACCCCUUCUCCCCGUGGGACCCGCCGUCUUAUGGGAAAAGGGUUUGUAUGACAGCGACCGCGACAGCCUGUGUGUCGCCUGGAAACGGCGGUGGGGGCCGGGAGGCGCUCUCUGGCUCGUCUUUAUUCACAUUCCCUCUUCUGGUUCUGAUAAUGGCAUCGCCAGAGAGAAGAGGCCUGGGCCUCCUCCCUGGGCUCUGGCCGAGGCUCAGAAGGCUGCCCUUCCGCCCUGGACAGAGGAGAUGCUACCCAGGUCCCCACGGUUUGCUGCCUGGCGACACCUCUCCUGCGACCCCCCUCCUGCGGCCUCCACCAGGGGCCACGCACGCAGGCAGAGUCGGUCCUGCCCCUCCGCGACGUGGGCGGCGUCUUCCCUCCGUGCAGCGGGCCCACUCGGUUCCACUCCCGCCGGCCAGGCUUUGGACGCUCAGCGCGGGAGCUCACCCUCCCUGGACGCCUUUGAAAGUUGGGGCCAGCGCAGCACUGGGGUGGGAGAAGGUCUCAAAGAAGGCACCUUAGCUGGAUGGAUAGACCCCAGCAGUGGGGGCAGGGGGCAGGGGGAGGGGAUGUCCUGGCUGCUUGACGUUGUCCUUUCCUGUUUUUUCUCUCCACCCGCUUGUCUGUGUGAUGUCUCCCUCCAAGAGUCACUGAUGUUCUCAGAUCCAGAAUAUUCCAGAGGCCGAAGGCUGGGUAGGAGGAGGGUGUCCUCAAGCUUCUUUCCAACCUUCUUUUACAAAAUGUGGCAGCUCGGGUUGCUCUGAGUUCACGGCGGUGGGGUCAUUGCACCAGUAGCAGGAAAGCUCACCCCCCACCAUCCCCACCACCCCCAGCUGCAAUGACCCUCUCUCUUCCAGAGGACCUCGACUCAGGGGAGCUGGUGCGUGCAGAGCUCCACGAUGGGUGAGGCAUGAGGGGCCAGGCCGCACCUCUGCUGAAAAGAGCUUCCAGUCGGGUAUGGGGUUAAUAGGACCAGAAUGAACUGAAUAAACUUCACGUGGGAAGUGCGAAGUCUUCUGGAAGAUGGGAAGAAAGGUUCGGCAUGAAAGUAACAAGCAUUUAGGGGACACCCCGGUGGCCCAGGCGGUUAAGCAUCUGCCUUCGACUCAAGUCAUGAUCCUGAGGUCCUGGGAAUGGGCCCGCACGGGGCUCCCUGCUCCACCGGGAGUCUGCUUCUCCGUCUCCCUCUGCC